AUGCCUGGCGGACGACGUGGACUUGUUGCACCGCAGAAUACUUUCCUCGAGAACAUCAUCCGACGCUCCAAUUCGCAGCCCGACAGUUCAUUUCUUUUGGCCAACGCACAAAUCGUCGAUUUCCCGAUCGUCUACUGCAAUGAGUCCUUCUGCAAGAUCAGCGGCUACAAUCGGGCCGAGGUCAUGCAGAAGUCGUGCAGGUAUGUAUGCGGCUUCAUGUACGGCGAGCUGACAGAUAAGGAGACGGUGGGACGGUUGGAGUAUACGCUGGAGAAUCAGCAACAGGAUCAAUUUGAAAUUUUGCUCUAUAAGAAGAACAAAACACCGCUAUGGCUGCUCUUGCAAGUGGCGCCCAUUCGCAACGAAAGGGAUUUGGUUGUGCUAUUCCUGUUGACGUUUCGGGACAUAACGGCGCUGAAGCAGCCGAUCGACAGCGAGGACACCAAGGGUGUUUUAGGGCUCUCGAAAUUCGCGAAAUUAGCCCGCUCGGUGACGCGCAGUCGCCAAUUCAGCGCCCACUUACCAACGCUGAAGGAUCCAACGAAGCAGUCGAAUCUGGCGCAUAUGAUGUCACUGAGCGCCGAUAUUAUGCCGCAAUACAGACAGGAAGCGCCGAAGACGCCGCCACACAUACUCUUGCAUUAUUGUGCAUUUAAAGCAAUUUGGGAUUGGGUGAUAUUGUGUUUAACAUUUUAUACCGCCAUCAUGGUGCCAUACAAUGUAGCGUUUAAAAAUAAAACCUCAGAGGAUGUUUCCCUGCUCGUCGUCGAUUCGAUAGUCGAUGUAAUAUUCUUUAUAGAUAUUGUGUUAAACUUUCACACCACCUUCGUCGGACCCGGUGGCGAGGUGGUUAGCGAUCCUAAGGUCAUACGAAUGAACUACCUGAAGUCAUGGUUCAUCAUCGAUCUGCUCAGCUGCCUGCCCUACGAUGUUUUCAAUGCCUUCGACCGGGACGAGGAUGGCAUCGGGUCGCUGUUUAGUGCGCUCAAGGUGGUGCGACUGCUGCGCCUUGGCCGUGUGGUGCGCAAGCUAGACCGCUAUCUGGAGUACGGGGCAGCCAUGUUAAUACUAUUGCUCUGCUUCUACAUGCUGGUGGCGCACUGGCUAGCCUGCAUUUGGUAUUCGAUCGGACGUAGCGAUGCCGACAAUGGGAUUCAAUACAGUUGGCUGUGGAAGCUGGCCAAUGUGACGCAGUCUCCGUACUCGUAUAUCUGGAGCAACGACACUGGACCCGAGCUAGUCAACGGUCCCUCGAGGAAGAGCAUGUAUGUGACAGCCUUGUACUUUACGAUGACCUGCAUGACCUCAGUGGGCUUUGGCAACGUAGCUGCCGAGACGGACAACGAGAAGGUGUUCACCAUCUGCAUGAUGAUCAUUGCAGCUCUACUGUACGCGACGAUUUUCGGUCACGUGACCACCAUCAUACAACAAAUGACCUCGGCCACCGCCAAGUACCACGACAUGCUGAACAACGUGCGCGAGUUUAUGAAACUGCACGAGGUGCCGAAGGCGCUCAGCGAGCGGGUGAUGGACUAUGUCGUCUCCACGUGGGCCAUGACCAAGGGGCUCGAUACCGAGAAGGUAAAUUUUGCCAGCACCUAAUUAAUAUUAACCAAUUCGCAAUAGUUGAGCAGACCAGUCACUGCCACCGAUGUCUCAUCCCAAGCAAUAGUAAACAACAACAACAACAA